AUGGCUCUGCCUGAACCCCUGGACCUCGGUUUCGUUGUCUUGAUCCCGCAACAGCGCGAGGGCAGCGACCUCGCAGAAUUGGUCUUGAAGGCCAAGGAUGCUGAGCUGACCGACCAGGGGGUGACCCAAAUGACAGAUUACAUUGAUCGCUUCCUCGAGUUCGAGGGUGUCAAGAAGAAUGGUUUUUCAAUGGUGUACGACAUGCGCUUCCUCCGUGUACCCUCCAUGAAGAUCGUCAUGCGCUUGGCAGAGUGGGGUCGCGAUCCCGCACGCACAGAAACCUUCCAGCGCAUGAACAAAGCUUGUAAAGUGGUUGUGAGCGAGGGUCUGAAAACUCGCCUUGCAAAGGGGAUCCUCACUACGUUCUUCUUUGUUUGCCCGCCUGUCUGUGAUACUUACCUUUUGACGGCUACAGAUCAGCCCGAGUCUGAGGGAGUGUAUUUCGCACCGCCUCCACCUACUUCGGAUGAGCAGACGGAUCCCGAUGAUGAGGAGAGAGACGACAAUGCCCAGGGAG